AAAGCACGCAGGUUUUCUCAACGUCGACAAGCUCAGCGAAACGCGCGAGUCGCAUCUCCAAAUAAAAUCCAUCCAUGCUCACCGCCGAGGUCGCCCCGCCGCGACCUGCCGCUCCCUGUUCAGGCGCAUAACAAAUCAGCAUGGGAAUCUUGAGCAAAUCCAAGCUACGUACCAGCUAGACCCAGAGUCCAGAGGCAUCCAUGAGUAUUGAAGAAUGAAGCUACUACUUCAAACACAGUGUUUGCUUAAACAAAAACGAUGCUUAGUUACACUUUUUAUGGAUUCAAAACCCACAUCCUUCUCCACUAUAGUUAAUCUCGGCUUCGGUAUCCGCGUGACUGUCUGCCUAGCUAGUUAAACAAAUGCCAUGUGGUUGUGGCUCGCGCGGCCGAGUGGAGCUCACGUGAGACGCCAUUAAACUAGCUGAUCAUCAGCUCACGGCCCCAGAAAAGGCAGGGGGCGGAGCCGCGAGCCUAAACAAAGCCUUGGAGCUCCAGGAACUAUAGAUUCUUCCCCAUGGGAUCCGAAGACCAAGGCAGGGGAGGGGGACACAACGGAGAUACACUCACAGGUGCAGCAGGUUAAUUAGGUGAGAAUCAUUUGAGGAGAGAAGGGAAGGCAAGAAUGAGGUUAUUGCUUGGGAUCGUGAGGCUCGUUGUACUGGUGUUCAUGGUGGUUGUCAGUUCAUCGGUUGAUCAGGCAGUAGGUGUUGGUGCUAUCAGGCUGCACGACAGAAGGACACACGGGGAGCAGUGGGCGGAGGAGAGGAAGCAGAUGAGGUCGUACAUGACCAUGGACUACACCCCUGUCCAUCGGCGCACGCCCAAGCACAACUGAUUGAUCCAUUCAGAUAGCUAGCUCCCCCCUUAGAUCAGAUGAUAGCAUUGGAAACUCUGAAACUUUCAGCUCUCCGUUCUCCAGGCAGCCGGCAACCAUCUGCUGAAGCUUGAUGGCAGGAGAAGUUGAUGAUCCAUGCAUCAUGUGCUUCUUAAUUUCUUUAAUUAGUAUGUGUAUCUAUGUCUCCAGCGUGCAGAUAUGUGCAUGCAAAUUUUGCCCCCUGACCAAAUGUUAUUACUAGGAUAUAUAUACGCAGUUAUAGUUCUACUAGUAGCGUAUCUUUUUUUUUCCUUUUGUGGUUACACUUUGUAAGAAGGUGUUGUAGUUUGUCUUGGUAUAGCUAGCUAAGCUCUGCUUAUUCUCUUCCAAGUGAGAAACGCUCAUGUAAUGAACGUGCCAGCUAUAAUGGAAGAGCAGCAUUUGGUAUAGAGUCUGUCUCUGCCAGUUU